UCUUACCUCACAGAGGUAGCUCCUCCGCCGGCAGCAACUUGGCGCCUGCGGUCCAUGGACCGGAACCCCGGGCCGACGGGCAGGAACCCGGGCCACGAUCGCCUCCUCCCCGGCCCAGGCUCCUCCUCCUCUUUCCCCACUGCCCCCUCCGGACGCCCGCUGGCCGCGCACCUCAGCCGCCGGCCUCGCGGAGCCUCUCCGGGAGGCUGGGUGACGAGUUCGUGGCCGCCGCGGGACUGAGGCCUACUCCUCCGCCUCUCAGUGCUAUUGUCCCUGGGCCUGGCCGAGCGCGCCGGCCCCGUAGAAGAUGCCGGACCAAGCCCUUCAGCAGAUGCUGGACAGAAGUUGCUGGGUGUGUUUUGCCACUGAUGAAGAUGAUAGAACAGCUGAAUGGGUGAGACCAUGCCGGUGCAGAGGAUCUACCAAAUGGGUUCACCAAGCUUGUCUACAGCGCUGGGUGGAUGAAAAACAAAGAGGAAACAGUACAGCCAGAGUGGCAUGUCCUCAAUGCAAUGCUGAGUACUUAAUAGUUUUUCCAAAGCUGGGUCCAGUUGUUUAUGUCUUGGAUCUUGCAGAUAGACUGAUCUCAAAAGCUUGUCCAUUUGCUGCUGCAGGAAUAAUGGUUGGCUCUAUCUACUGGACAGCUGUGACUUAUGGAGCUGUGACAGUGAUGCAGGUUGUAGGCCAUAAAGAAGGGCUGGAUGUUAUGGAAAGAGCCGAUCCUUUAUUCCUUUUAAUUGGACUUCCUACUAUUCCUGUCAUGCUGAUAUUAGGCAAGAUGAUUCGCUGGGAGGACUAUGUGCUUAGACUGUGGCGCAAAUACUCAAAUAAACUACAAAUUUUGAACAGUAUAUUUCCAGGAAUUGGUUGCCCUGUUCCUCGAAUUCCAGCUGAAGCUAAUCCUUUAGCAGAUCAUGUCUCUGCUACCCGAAUUUUAUGUGGAGCCCUUGUCUUUCCUACUAUUGCGACAAUAGUUGGUAAACUGAUGUUCAGUAGUGUUAACUCUAAUUUACAAAGGACAAUCUUGGGUGGAAUUGCUUUUGUUGCCAUAAAAGGAGCAUUUAAGGUUUACUUCAAACAGCAGCAAUAUUUACGUCAGGCACACCGCAAAAUUCUAAAUUAUCCAGAGCAGGAAGAAGCAUAAAAUUGUGACUUCUGGUGGUUCUGCAGUCCUCUUCUCUUUAUGAGUCUGUUGUGUUGUUUUGAUUCCAUCAUUAAUGCACUAGUGGAGAUUUGUGAUAAGCUGCUGCUCCUAUAUUUUUAAGAAAUAUAAUAAAGCACUUAGGGCAGAGGAAAUCCUCUCAGUAAUCACGGAAGCUAAGAAUGAUUUGUUUUCAUUGUUAUGUACUUCUUUUAUGGCAGUCAUCUGAACCAUUAUCUUAGCAUGGUAAGCCUGAGUUUGUUCAUAUUUUCUCCAGACCGAAAUGUCUACUAAAUCAAACUGUAUAAAUAUUAAAAAAUGCACAUGCUGUUUAAUUCUAAUGUCUCUUUUGUACAUGUUCAUGUUUAAUGUUUUCUUAGAAACAACAACUCUAUGAAGGAAUUAUGAGGAUUUUUCUCUUUUGGCAUAAUUUGAUUAUAUGCUAAAACAGGAGCAUAUCUUAAUAUGUGAAAAUAUACAUUAAAUUAGUUAUGAAUAAGUAACAAGCCAAAAGUAUAUGUAAACAUUCAAAUGAUUAUCUGAACAAAUGAGAUUUUGUUGUGUUUUCUUUAACUUGGUGAUAUCCUCCAAAAUGUGUAGGGUAAAACUUCACAGGGCUUCCAGAUCCCUUUUUCGCUAUUAAAUUUUAUUUAUAAAACAUUGACAUCUCAUAGUUCAUAAUGUAAUUUUGACUCGUGUAGUCUUGGUUACUGUGUGUGCGUGUGUGUGUGUGUGUGUGUGUGUGUGUAUGUGAGAGAGACAGACAGACAGACACAAGACAGAUGGGGAGGAUGAGAAUCAGGUCCCUCUAUGAAAUAAAAUUUUCUAAAGCCCUAUUUAUAAAAACUAAAGCUGCCAGAUCAUAGUGUGAGCAGAGAACAAUUUGCAAAAAACAAAAAUGAAUAAAGCUGUUUGACUCCCCCUUGUACCUUAGUUCAAUUCUGCAGGUAUCUUUUGAUCACUUCCUAUUUGCCCAAGAACUAUGCAGAGUGAUGUGGGUACAGAGGUGAAUAGGACACACUUGUUCCUGGCCCUUAAAGUUGUUAGUCUAGUUUCAGCAGAGAGAAAACCAGCAGUAAGAAAACCAAGGUGAGUCCUUGAACUCUUUGCUUCUAUAUUGGUCAGGGAAAGAGUAUGAAAACAAUCAGAUAAAUAUUGAAGUAAUUCUUUUUGUAUAUGAAAAUCAGUUUAUAAUAGAAAAACACUAGUAAUACCUAAAUUUUAAUUGCUUAUAUAUUAAUGGGGCUAGCACCUUCAUAAUCAUUGUUGACUAGUUUUAUCUUCAUUUUUCAAAAGCAGUUAUUUAAGCCAUUUGCAUAGAGUGGCCAUUUUAAUGUUCAGCAAUCUGAAUGGUCUUUUCAUUAAUUAAAAUUAGAUUUUUGGAAAAUAGCUCAAAAAUUCCCAUGGUUUUUUUGUUGUUGUUGUUUGCAAUAUCUAAUGCAUGGCAAUAGUUAAAUGUUUCCCCUCACUGGUAAAAGGCCACUUAAGAGUGUGGCAAAUAUAGAUUGAGCUAUGUAUGUUAGAUUGCAAUAAUGUAUGUUAGUUUUAAUAAGUAAAGACCAGUGUUUUUCUACAAUAUGAAUGUCUUAAUUUUGAGUUACAAGGUAUCUAUGUGGAUGGCUGUUGAAAAGUCAUAGUUGUAAUAAUUUAGAGAGAAAGGAAAGAUUUGACUGAGCAAGCCUUAUUAAGAACACCACUACUUGCUACUGUUCAUUCUGAAAGGAAAUAUGAAUUCUAUGAUUAUAUAUAAAAAUAACUUAGAUUAGCUAUAAUGGUAAAGUAUAUUGGCUUUUCUUUAAUUUCUGAUAUGAAAAGAUAUAUUGAAUAGACAUUUCCUGCACAAUUUUGUUACAUAGAACAGCUUUUAGGCAGCCUUUAUUUAUAAAGUUAUGCAAGCACACAUUUUCCCCAUUUACUACUUCAGUGCCCAAGAUUGGAGGUAGCUACAUGGUUUAUUGCAUCAGGGCCCUGGAGGGUCAAGGAAACAAUUCUAAUCUUUUGGGGAUGGGGGAGGAGGGUUCUGUGGCUGUAGGGGAGGAACUGCAAGUGCCUGAGGACCAGAGUGACCUCUGGCUCUGCAACUGAACACUUAAAUCUAAAGAGCCUUCUCUCAAGAAGUGCCAGUCUUUAAAGGAAGGUAGCCAGCACCACUAUGAUGCAACAGAAGAACAUGAACAACGUCAGUUGGAUGGACUGCACUGAAAUCCAAGUCAGUAUAUAAUAACUAUGGGUGAUCUUGGCCAAGUGACUUCUCAGCCACCAUUCUCUGCAUCUCCUAAAUGCAAGUAAUGCUUGGAAAACUUUCUAGGAUUAACUGAUUAAAGGAACAGAGGCACUUUAGAUACAAAAAGUAACUCCUAAGGAAUAGUAGCUGUUUCAUAAUUGUAUAGUUUGUACUCUAGGAAAAGAGUGAAGAGGUAAAAGGCAGUAGAGGACAAAUUAAGGUGAUGAUUAAGUCUUUGGGGAUAGGUGAGUAUAUUUUUUUUCUGUUUAUUUUCAUAAUGCUUUUCUGUGUUUCUAGAAACUAAUGUUUUAAACCUCUUUUAUAAAAUUUAGUGACUAGUAGAAUUCUAUUUAUUGCAGAAGUUAUCUUAAUUUAAGUGGCUGAAAGUAUUGUUUAUUACCUAAUUAUCAAAUGACUACAAAGAACAUAACAUUAAAUUCAGUGACGUAGUCACUGGCUUGCUAAUUCUGCUGUAAUUUUUUUAAAUGUCUUGUUUUUAAUAUAGCAGAUUAUCUCAAUACUGGCUGGAAUAGGUUGAAUAAAGAAUUUUUAUGUUC